UCCUAUAAAGUUGGUAAGGUUAGACCUGCUCUCUAAAAACUUAAAUAAGUUUUCAAACCGAAAACAGUAACACAAAAUUUAUUUUUGGGAAAGAAAUGUAGUGAGAUUUACUCUUAGUUCGGUUUCCCUGAUAGAUGCUUGUUCACCUUUUCCUUGUGGAUUGAAGAGCACAACCUUUGAGAGAAUCCCCAAAGCGAUCGAUUUCCCACUCGCUUCACUAUAAGAGCCGUGUACCGCGAUUUGUCCGCGUCUGCUAUGAGUUAAGUGGGAAUGUUAGGGGUCGCCAUUAGAGUUUUCAUCCAGACGGCCAUCUCGGCGGCGUAUAUCUUAUUCAUUGCCAGCAGAAAGUCGGCGAACUUGUCCACUUGCGAGCUCGGCGUGAGAUAACCCGCGCACAUCAUCGCCGUGCAGAUGCUUGCUCGCCGGUGGCCAGAACCACUUCGCUGUACAAUAUAUAUCGUUUAUAUAUGUAUAUUACGAUAUAUAUAUGGAUCAUAUAUAUUUGACCCUUUUGCUAAAAUUACUACAACUGGCUGGAAGAGAGAGAAUAGCAAGGGGCAUCAUCGUUCACAUCUUCAUGCUUAUCCUGUCCUUCGAGCUGGAUCUGCCCGGAACUCUGGAACUAACCGUGCUCGUAUGUACAUCCGAACAACCGGAAUUCAGAUGCUACAGACGAUGCUGGUCGUGGUUUUUGAGAGUCCUGGUCGAGAUCCCGCGCGAGAAGCCCAACUGGACAUUGCCCUGGAGACAACAGGCUCGUAUUGCCAUGGGCAGCCCUUUUUCCAAUUUACAACCUCUAAAAAUAUCCAUCGGCUCGGAUUUGAUAAAUUCUCCAGAGGGGUAUGAUCUCUGUACUAUUUUCGUCGAAUGUGGAUGAUAAAACCAGGACUCUACCGAUUGUCUACCCAGUUCUUAUUGUCAGCACCGAACCUUGCACAUAUGUCCAGCUUCCAGCCAAUGCUCCUAGAUGCUAAAACCAGAUGAUAAGCAUGAUUUUCAAGGCAGGGGCUCAAGCACUUUUCCGACACCACGAAGGGAUUCGUUGGCUUCGAGGACAUACGAUUGACUGGCCAUUCGGUUUCUUGCCCACUUUGGUCUGCAACCCCUCAACCAUACCCACUUGACCAAAGGGGUUCUGGCCACCGGCGAGCAGGCCCUCUGCACGCCGAUAAUGUCCGUGGGUUAUCUCACGCCGAGAUCGCAGUUGGACAAGUAUGCUGACAUCCUGCUGUCGAUGAACACGAAAUACCCCAAUGAGAUGGCCGACUCUUUGAAGACUCUAAUGGCCACCUCCUAUUUCCCCACUUAACUUGAAACAGAAGUGGAUAAAACGCGCUACACAGCUGUUAUAGUGAGGAUAGUGGACAAAAACAUCUCUUCUUUGGGGACUCUACUUGGGAACCAUCUGGGUUCUUAUUUGGUUUCUCUAUU